AUGAACUGGGGCACGCGGGGGGUCGGGAAGAGGCUCGGGUGGAGGAGGGGCGUCAGGGGGAGGAGGUUCAAGGGGAGGGGGGAGAACAAGCGGGAGGCCAUUAGGGUGUUCGAGGACUACAUGAAGAAGGCAGUAGUCUUGAAUAAUGACGGAGCCAAGGUGCGUGUGAAGCGUAUCUUCAAACGACGCCCAGUUCACGGCCGUAGUGUCAUGGAGAAGUUCGAGCUUGUCUAUGGCUCCGAGCUCAAUGGGAGUGGAGUCGUCCGCCAUGAGGAGGAGGAGGGGAGGGGGGGGGGAGGGGGUGACGACACCAGCUUGAGGGCGGGUGCGGUCAAAGAGGACGACACCACCUGGAAGGGUGGUGCGGUCACGUUGCGUGUGGCGGCGCCGGGUUACACGCAGCUGUGUUUGUGUCGCCCGUGGUUGCACCUCGUGGCCCGCGACUGUGCGUCGGUCCAUGGAUGCGCCUCAUCGCCCGCGGGUGCGCGUCCGUCCGCGGAUGCGCCUUGUCGCCCGCGGGUGCGCGUCCGUCCGCGGAUGCGCCUCGUCCCCCGCGGGUGCGCGUCCGUCCGCGGAUGCGCCUCGUCGCCCGCGGGUGCGCGUCUGUCCGCGGAUGCGCCUCUUCGCUCGCGGGUGCGCGUCCGCCCGCGGAUGCGCCUCGUCGCCCGCGGGUGCGCGUCCGUCCGCGGAUGCGCCUCGUCGCCCGCGGGUGCGCGUCCGUCUGCGGAUGCGCCUCGUCGCCCGGGGGUGCGCGUCCGUCCGCGGAUGCGCCUCGUCGCCCGCGGGUGCGCGUCCGUCCGCGGAUGUGCCUCGUCGCCCGCGGGUGCGCGUCCGUCCGCGGAUGCGCCUCGUCGCCCGCGGGUGUCCGUCCGUCGGCGGAAAUCGCCGCGGCGGUCGCGUCCGCCCUCGUCGGCGGGAUGCGCCGCGGUGAGGGAGGGGAGGGGAGGGGGGAGGAAGCGGGCUGCCGGACGGAACUUGUGCGGGGGAGGCACGGGAGAGUGCGUGAGUACGAGGGGGGAGGGGGGCAGUGAAGGCCCAAACGUCUCUCUAUCCUUCCCUCCCCACCCCUCCCAGGCAUACGACGAUCGCCUGCGCCAAGCCUUCCAGGACCCCUCCCUGCCAUACCACCAGCACCACCAUCACCAGCAGCAGCACCACAGCUCCCUCUUCCCCCCAGAGGACGCGGCAGUGCUGGAGGCAUACCUCAUGUGUCUGCACCAGGUGCUGCGCCACUCGCCCCCGCCCCUGCGCACGCGCCUCUUCUCCGACGCCUUCUUUGACGCGCUCUUCCGCCUGCUCCCCCACGCCGCCGUCCCCCCCGCCCUCAAGGGCGCCCUCCGCUCCGCCAUUGCUGCCUUCCUCGGCGCCCCCGCCACCGUUGCUGCGCUCACCACCUCCACAGCCCCUGCUGCUAGGGCCACCACAGCAGCGGCUGGUUUCAGUGGUGCCAUGGCAGCAGGAGCGGCUGCUGGUGCUGCUGGUGGAGGGGCGACAGCAGGGGAUUUGAUGGCAGUGGCGGCAGCAGCGGCGGGGCUGACGGGGGCGGCGGCGGCAGCGCUGGCAGCAAGGACAUGGGCGCUGGAGGAAUUCUACGAUCUGCCGCCCUCGGCUUCUGCGACCCUGGAGGAGCAACAGCGCCGCGCGACAGCGCCAUACGACAUGGGCAUGGAGCUGAGCGAGGUGGAGGCGAGGGUGGAGGAGUACCCCUCAACGCUCUCCUAUCUGCGCCUGCACAACACACUGCUCGCCCUCGACCCCCUCUCCCGCCCCGCCAGGUUCCUGGACUAUUUCCGGUUCGUGACGAGCAGUGUGUUUGUGCCGUACACGCGCCGAGUGUACGCGCGGGCAGACGAGAUGUGGCAGCUGCUGCUCGCCUCGCUCUCCCUCUUCCACCUCUCCCUCCUCCUCCUGCACCGCUCCCCCCUCCCCUCCGCACCGCCUCUCGCCGCCCUCUCUGCUGCCUCCUCCUCGUCGGCCAAUGGGCUGCUGCCAGCUGGCGCCACACCGGGGCUGCUGCUGAUGAAGGACUGCUAUGAGCAGGCCCCACCUUGCGCAAGCAGCAUCAUCGCCAUCAUCUCAGCCGGCCCCGACGCCCUCCUAGAGGAGCGAGCACUGCGCUGCACCCUCCCCCAGGCGCUCCCAUUCGCCCUCAAACACACCGUUGCUGCCAUGCUGGAGUCACUUGUAAAGCCUCUCAAAGAUUUCCUAUCAGCAGGCCCAGCACUGCGCAACAUCAUCGCCAUCAUCACAGCGGGCCCCGAUGCGCUUCUAGAGGAGCGUGCGCUGCGCCCCCAGGCGCUCUCAUUCGCCUUAGAAGACACCGUUGCCGCCUGCCUGCGCCUGCUGCUCCUCGCGCUCUCCCUCGACCAAUCCCUGGCCGACACCUGGCAGCCCGCCGUGCGCCCGCUGCACCUCGUGCUCGCGGAUGACAUGGUGCUCGUGACAGCUGUCAUGUCCUUCGUGCGCUACCAGCCGUCAGAUGCCAUCCAACGGUCGGCAAUCGAGCUCACAAGCGUCUUCAGUGCGCGUGGCGUGCCACUUGUCGCGAUGGCAUUGGAGGUGGGCAUGGUGCAGCGAUUGGUGGAGGACUUUGCAGAGUGCCUUGACGUUAGUGCCAGCACCGUCUCUGUACAGGGCGUUGCUGCUCAUGGUGACGCUAGUGGCGCGACUGUGGAUGGUGGAGGAGAGGAGGAGGAAGGCGGGGAGGAGGGCGAGGAGACGGACUGUGCCACGCUCAUUCUCCAGCUGCUGCUGGCGUCGCUAGGGAGGCAGCGGCCCACAUUGGCGCACAUGCUGCUGGGGUUUGAUGUCGACAGGCCGCUCGCUGCCUCCCUGCUGCAGCCCAACCGCCGCUUCAGCGCCCUCCGCAUUCUCCUCGACCUCGUGCUCUCCACAGGAGCAGACGCAGACUCCGACCAAUCAGACGCCACCGCACCGCCACGUGUCAGCCUGCGGUUGGCACGCCUGCGGGAGAUGAGCGUGCGAGUGCUGUACCACCUAGCAGCAGACCCCGCCACAUCAGCACCCACGGCAGUGCUGCUGCAGGCAAAGCCGCUGAGCUUCUUUGCUCCGCUGCUCUCCUCCGCGCUCUCAGCGCCUCUCCCUCGCCGCAGCAGCAGCCCCGGCCACCGCGUGGCGGCCCUGCAUGAGCGAGCGUGGCUGCUGAAGCUGCUGGCGUUGGCCCUCCACACAACGCCCCCUGCCCCGCACGCCCACAAGCACCACCACUCCCACCACGCCGCCCACUCCGCCACCGCUGGGCGGCAGCUGGAGAUCUGCCGGCAGAUUCUGUCGGCACUGUUCAUGGCAGACGGGGGUGUAGGGGGGGCGGAGGAAGUGGGGGAAGGGGGGAAUGGUGCGCUGGUGGUGUGGGGAGGAGGGGAGCAGCAGGCAGAGGGUGUGAGGGGAGGUGUGCUGGCGUGUGGAGGCACCUCGCGGCUCGAGCCCUCGUCACUGUGCUACAUACUGACUGCUUACAUCGUCCUUUUCGCCCCUCCUGCACCCCCUCCCUCCCACCCACCCCAUUACUGCUGCACACGCCCCUCCACUGCUGCACGCGCCCCUGGUAUGGCAUGGCAGGCGACUCAGCUGUUGGAGUUGUUCCUCUUCGCCCUGCCGGACGUCACCCCCAGCUUCCUGCCGCACAUCGCUGCCGUGCACCACCAGCUGCAGCUGGAGGAGCUGUUGGGGACCGCAGCAGGAGUGGCGGAGGGGGGCGUGUUUGAAGUGAAUGAGAGGGGCGACCGCCUUGUGGACCUGCGUGCUCUCUCCCACAUCCUCACCCAUGUGCGUGCUCUCUCCCACAUCCUCACCCAUGUGCGUGCUCUCUCCCACAUCCUCACCCAUGUGCGUGCUCUCUCCCACAUCCUCACCCAUGUGCGUGCUCUCUCCCACAUCCUCACCCAUGUGCGUGCUCUCUCCCACAUCCUCACCCAUGUGCGUGCUCUCUCCCACAUCCUCACCCAUGUGCGUGCUCUCUCCCACAUCCUCACCCAUGUGCGUGCUCUCUCCCACAUCCUCACCCAUGUGCGUGCUGUCUCCCACAUCCUCACCCAUAGGUUUGCCUUGCUGGAAGCACAGCGAGGUCCGGGAGCACCGUUUCUCCCAGGCCCUAACCUGGGGGUGGCAGGCUCGGCAGCAGGUUCGGCAGAGGUGCGGCAGGAGGCAGUGAGGGAGGCGUUGAGGUUCGUGUGGCGGCGCAACCGAGUGGAGGAGGAGGCAGCAGCGCAGCAGCAUGUGGCUCUCGCGUGGGCGCAGCUGCUGCAAAUGGCUCUCUCCAGAAGAUUUGAUCUGCUGCCACCACAUGCCAGGCUGGAAGCCUUGCUGCAGCUGCUCUCUGCGUGUCUUAGAGCCAUCGCUGCGCCUCACACUCCCCUCACCCUCGCCAAGCCCAUCUCCCAGGUGGUCCUAGUGGCAUUCCUGCAGCUGCAGCACCUCUCCUCCUCCUCCUCGCCCACCUCCAUUGACACUCCCUCCUCUGACGACGCGGGCGAGGUGACGUGGAGCGACGUGAUUGGCCACUCGUCCCUCUCCGACACAAGCAGCAGGGAGGGGCUAGGAGGCGGGGCGAGUGGGGCAGGGGGCGGGGGGCCUCGGAGGCAGGUGUCAGUGGCGGAGAGCACGGGGCUGCUGAGGGACCUGCUGGGCGCGCUCAUGCGGAAGGACUCCUCUGAUAGCCUCCGCCGGAGGCUCUACACGUCACUCCUCACCUUCCUCGCCAUCUGUGCGCGCCGCUUCCGCAGUGCUGACGUGGAUAUCUCGCCAGCUGUCAUGGCCGUCAUUCUCAAGGAGCUGCCCGGGGAAGAAACUUCCUCUGACCGCUCCCUUGAUAUGUUGGAGCGGCAGCGCAGGGAGAUGCAGCGGGCCACACACGCCCUCCUCUCGCCCCACCUGCCCACUCUCAUCCGCACUCUCUCCCACGACGCCUCCUCCUCCCCCUCCCCCCUCACUCGCUCCCUCGCACUCGCCGCCCUCUCAUCCCUCCUCUCCCACUCCGCUGACCCAAUCGCGGCCUCCGCCAGCCUGGCGCCGACCAAUGGAAUCGCGACAGCUGGACGGGACCACCGGAGCAUUUUUGCGCAAUCCGUGGGCGGUGGGCAGAAUCAGAAUCUGCCAAUUGGAUUCGGGCGAUUGCCGGAUUUGGCGCCAGGGAUGACGUCAGCACUAGCGGUGGCGUCCACGUCAGCAGCGGCUGUGCUGAGUCAGAUGCAGGCGCACGGAAUGGUGCAGGCGUGCAUAGCUGACGUCAGCAAGGGGAUUUCAGAGGUGCUCCUGCUGCCCUCGGCCGACGCACAGCGCCAGGCGUUCGUGACGGAGGCGCGGCUGGCACUGCUGCUGGCCAUGGCGGCGGCCACGGGGCGCCAAGGGCUGCUGCUGCUGCUCAACGCGGGAUUCCUCCGCGCCAUGGCUGCAUGCCCCUCCCUCGACGCCCCUGUUUCUGCGCCCCCAUCCGAGUCGCUCUGCUUCUCCCACCUCGUCUCCCCUCUUCUGCCCCCACUGUUUGCGCUUCCAUGCUGGAUCUCUCAACACCCAUUGGAGGCAUCCUACCUGGCACCGCCCCCAGUGGGGCUGUCAUCUCUGGACGUGCCUUCGGAGUCUCUCUGCUUCGCUCACCUCGUUGCCCCCGUGCUGCGCCUGCUGCUCGCCCUCUCCACCCUCGCCCCGCCCGACGCCUCGCUCUCACCACACGCACCACCAUCCGACGCCACUUCCAAGGCAGGCGUGGCAUCACAGCUGCUGCACUUCCUUUUGAGGCGCCUCAAAAGUCUCAUCUCUCACUCCCCUCUGCCCCCCUGUGGGCCUUGCGCAGUCAAAGCGGACAUGGCAUCACAGCUGGUGCGCUUCACCGUGCACCACGACCCCAUGCUCUCGCACCCACUCUGCUCUUCUCUCCUCCCCCUUGCACGCUCACUCCCGUCAUCACAGUCAAAAGCGGAUGUGGCAUCACAGCUGGUGCAGUUCGCCAUCCAUCACGAGCCCAUGCUCUCACGCCUGCUGGAGGACCGCUCGCCCGCCUGCAACCCCACCGACCUGCUGCUGCUCUCCCUCUCCACCGCCUUCCUCUCCCGGGUUCGCUCACUUCCACGUAUCCAGAUCAAGGGGUACUUUGCGCUUCUCUGGGCCGACCCCUCUCAGCUGGAGGGGCUGCGAGGCCUCAUGCUGCGGGCAGCGGCGGCGUACAGCGUGGGCGAUGGGGAGAGCCGCGUCAAGUAUGUGCGGCAGCGCGUGGCGAGGGAGGAGGAUGACCGUGCUGGAGAGAUCGGUGGGAUCUCACUCUCCCUGCUCCUUCCUCCGGAGGAGCAAGCAAUGGAGGAGGGGGUGUUGAGAGUGAGGGCCAACCUCAUGGCGUACCUGCGCUCCCUCGUCGCCUUCAAACGCCUCCUCCUGCCCGCCGCCUCCAAGCACCAGCAUCAGGGCCCCACCUUGAGCCUCUUAUCAGACCUGCUCCGUCAGAUGGUCAUCGACCUGCAAGCAGCUGUGGAGGCACGUGGCACUGCGCUCACCAAGCUGGCGGAUGUGAACGACAUGUCACGGCACGAGGCAGAGGAGCUCAUCCAUGCCACUGCCUUCCACGCGCCCCACUCCGCCGCCCACUCCCACCUGCCCCUCCGCCAAGCGCGGCGGCAGGCGCUAUUGAUCCUGGCGGGGCUGGCAUCCAGCAAGGAGCGCGCGCUCUCAUGGAUGCUCUUCAUCUGCGAGCACCUGCUGCACCUCCUCCUCGCCCACUUCUCCCUCCACCACUCCCUCCUCUCCCGCUCCUCCUCGCCCCUCGCCUCCUCCCUCUCGCCCUCCCCCACCACCUUCUCCUCCCGCCCGCGCUCCCUGCGCGUGCAAGGGCCGCGCGUCUCCCCCUCUCCUGGGGGGGCUGAUGCGAUGGGGUUCGGGGGAGUGGCAGACGGGGGAGAGGAUGCAGGAGCGGCAGCAGAGGCAGCAGCGGCGGGGAUGGCUGGGGGGCACAGCAGGGAGGAGUUUGAGUCGGUUGUUGGGACCACAGCUGACCUGGAGGCUGUGGCUCGUGAGGUGCUGCCAAGUGUCAACAGACUAGUGGAGGUGAACGAGGACCGUGUGGGCUGCAGCACGGACUACAUGAAGCGCCUCGCUCUCUCACUGCGCUCCUCCCUGCUGCGCCAGUUCCACCUCUAA